CUGCGCUGGCAGCAAGCUACGUGUACACAAAGCUUACAGUUCUCGAAUGCCAGACAGAACUCUCAAAGUCUUGGUCAUAGUAAAACCCUAUUUAAAACGCGAUACAUAUAUGUGGGAAUCAACGGGAGAAAAGACAAUUACAUUUGACUUUAUUCUGUUGAUCAAUAUUUGAGGAACAAGAUGAAGAUCAACGUGAAAGUACGGGGAGAAUGGAUCCUUAUUCCUUGUAAAGACAACAACAACACGAUAUCAUGGUUGGGAAAGGAAACGCUUUCACGAUACCGUUCUAUGAAACAAUACGAUGAAGAAGAUGAUGUCUCCGAAGUCAGGAAAACUCAAGGAGGAAGUUUGCUCUAUCCAGAUGACCUACUUGUUGAUAUUCUGGAUGAAAAUGAUUUCGUCCAUAUCGUGUUGAAGUCAGAUCUGGCCAACAAGACAUGUCAAACUUCAUUCGACGGGAAUGGUUUGAAUGGAGGAUUUUCACCAGACUCUUCACAAAUAUCAAGUACUGGUGGGGCAGAUUCUCGUGAGGUCCUCUAUCUGGACGGAGGUAGUUUGACCUCUGAUGACCUUGUUAAACUUGGGAAAGGUCAAUAUCAGAUCAAGGUAUCACCAGUUGCUUGGGAAAAAGUAGCAAAGGCUAGAGAGCUUGUGGACAACAUCCUUAAAGAAAACAAAGUUGUUUAUGGCAUCAAUACUGGCUUUGGGAAGUUUGCUCGAGUUGUGAUUGAACCUGAUAAACUGAAGGAACUCCAAGAGAAUUUGAUUCGUUCACAUUGUGUUGGUGUUGGUAGACCCCUAUCCCCAGAACACACCCGGAAGUUGCUAGCCCUGCGGAUUAACAUCCUAUCCAAGGGAUUCAGUGGCAUCUCAGUUCAAAACCUGGAGAAACUCAUUGCUGCAUUUAAUGCUUCCUGUCUGUCUGUGGUGCCAUGUAAGGGAACAGUAGGAGCUAGUGGUGAUCUAGCUCCAUUAUCACACCUUGCGCUAGGCAUGAUGGGAGAAGGAAAGAUGUGGAGUCCAAAGAGUGGAUAUGCUGAUGCCAAAGAUGUUCUGAAAGCACAUGGUUUGACUCCAAUAGAACUUGGACCUAAAGAGGGCUUAGCUCUGAUAAAUGGCACUCAACUUAUUACUUCACUUGGAGCAGAAGCUGUUGAACGGGCAUAUGCCAUUGCUCAACAAGCUGAUGUGAUAGCUGCCUUAACCCUUGAGGUCUUGAAAGGAACAACCACUGCCUUUGAAAGUUGUAUCCAUCGUACUAGACCUCACAAGGGACAGAGAUUGGUUGCUAAACGAUUCCAAUCUAUUCUUCAUUCUGACGUUCAUCCAUCAGAGAUAGCUAUCAGCCAUCGGUUCUGUGAUCGGGUCCAGGAUGCAUACACCCUCAGAUGCUGCCCUCAGGUUCAUGGAGUGGUGUGGGAUACAAUUGAAUUUGUCAAAGGCAUCUUGACCACCGAGAUGAAUAGUGCUACUGAUAAUCCUAUGGUGUUUGCAGACCAACACGAGAUACUGUCUGCAGGUAACUUCCAUGGAGAGUAUCCAGCCAAGGUACUGGACUAUCUUGCUAUUGGGAUCCAUGAACUGGCAAGCAUUAGUGAACGUCGUAUUGAGAGACUCGUCAACCCUCAUCUGAGUGAGCUUCCUGCAUUCUUGACCAAAGAAGCAGGUCUUAAUUCAGGUUUCAUGAUCGCACACUGCACUGCAGCAGCAUUGGUAUCAGAGAACAAGGUAUUGACUCACCCAAGCUCAGUUGAUUCUCUAUCUACCAGUGCUGCUCAGGAGGAUCAUGUCUCUAUGGGAGGUUUUGCUGCAAGAAAGUGCCUUGAAGUCGUUGAGCAUGUUGAACAAGUACUUGCUAUUGAGCUGAUGUGUGCCUGUCAAGGUAUAGAAUUCCUGCGACCACUGACCAGCACUGCACCUCUUGAGGCUGUUCACAAGCUGGUUAGGAGCGUUGUACCACCUCUCGAGCGUGACCGUCAUCUUUCACCCGACAUGGAAGUCAUUACCAACCUACUCCGAGAAAAUAAGGUUUGGGAGGUGGUGAAACCAUACAUGGAUACUUACGAGUCUGAACAGCUUAAAGAGACCAAGGUCCAUUCCCCAACAUCUAGCAUUCUUGGGAAAACUACUCGCUCUAACAAACGUAAGCGAACCAAGAGCUUCAGCAAAGCAGAAAAGGCCUAAAAGAUGGAGACAAAUAUGCCAUGUCAUGUCUAAAACCAUGUUUCAUCAGAUUAUUUGACAUAACAUUGAUAGUAAAUACAUUUUCCUGUACUUAAAUAAUUUGCUGCUUUUUAAAUAUAUCAUCUUUGUAAGAAAUAAACUCCCUGUUGAUAACUUCUCUUCUGUGUGUUUUUUUGUCCAUAGUUAUGAUACAUAUAUAUGCAUACUUGAUGCAUUCCAAUUUUACAUUUAAUGCAAUAGUUUGCCAAAUAUUUUGUAAAACAAAACCAGAACAUAUUUCCAUUCUUGUUUGAUGCAUGUAACAAGAUUUGUGUACAUGUACCUUAAUGUCUUCCAAUUCAUGUUAUGGAUAAAAGCAUGCUGCCAAAGAAGUAUAUUGUGAUUUUUCUCUUCCAAAAAUAUAUUGUAAAUUUGCAAUAAUAAAUGUUUAUAAAAGAACAAGGCUGAAGAAUUGGCUGAAAACAUGUGCAGGUGUACAUAGAAGGCUAUAUAAAAGUGUACGAUGGCUGAAAACAAAUGCAGGUGUACAUAGUAGGCUAAAAAAACAAUGUACGUUGGCUGAAACAAGUUCAGGUCUACAUAGAAGGCUGACAAAAUAAUGUACGAUGGCUGAAAACAAAUGCAGGUGUACAUAGAUAGAAGGCUAAAAAAAUAGUGUAAGAUGGCUGAAAACAAGUACAGGUGUACAUAGAAGGCUGAAAAAAAAAUGUGUGAAACAUAAAUAACUACGUGUAGCAAAGAAUGUUUAAAACUUUUUGAGGAAAUAUUUUCGUUUUGUUCGACAUUUCGUCUAGAAAUAUAUCUGAAUAUUAAAAUUCUUAGGCUUAGGAUCGAGGAAUAAGCUGAAGUAGAGUAUGUGUGCAGAAAAGCUUGAAAUUAAUUUAGGAAGCCUAUCAGAUUAUGUAGUACAAGAUUUUUACAAUUUAUUUUGCUUAAAUUGGCUGAAUGAUUGCUUGUCAAUUGCAUUUUUUCUGAGGUUAAUUUUAUAUAUUGAUCUCUUGAUAUGCUAAAGGAUAUGAAAACUCAAACUAGAACAAAACAAUGCAGAGCUAUUAGUGAUAAAAACAUGUUUAUUUCUCCUUUACUUUGAAAUCCUGGACCUGCCACUGAUGCAUUAUUACUAUAUACUGUAUUCAUGUGAAUAAAAAAUGCAAACACAGCCAGUUGAAUUAUGGAUUGAUGCUUAUAAAAUUACAUUAUCAUCAUUAAGUUAUGUAAUGAUAAAAUGCAUUAUUUGUCACAUAUGUCUUUUGUUUGAAAAUUGUUAUAACACUCCAAGGUUUUUAGCAGUGCAGUGAUUGGUUAAAAUGAGUCAUCUUCAUUGACAUUGAAAAUGUCUAUAAAUAUGGGAGAGUGUAAACAAAUCAAUGGCUUGUGGAGAAAAUUCUCUGAAACAAAAGUGAGUUUUGAAGUGACAAUUUCUUGGGUUUGCAUUGAUCAUAUAAGGAUGGUUUAAGGGAGAUUUAGUGUUAGGAAGAAGUGGGGCCUAUAGAAGUUGAAAUAUUACUACCUUUAUAUCAAUGACUUGUAAAUGUAUAAUCAUAUUAACAGUUGGCUUUCAGUUAGAUUCUCUUCAAUGAAAUUUUGAAUGUAUAAUUAAAGUAUAAUUGAUAUAUAUUACUGUCCAAAUGAGAUUAUUUGAACUACAAUUUUUAUUGAUAUUUUGAAUGUGCUGUUUUUAAGAGUUUAAUUUGUUAUUUGAUAUGAUAACAUUCUUAUUUGAUUUUUUUCUAGCUUUAAUAUAUUUUUUAUUUAAUUCAUCCAACCUCAAAAGUGAAUGGGCGAGUUUCAUCAAGAUGGGCAAUUCAAUGUUGGGCUAUAACAAACUUCACAUCUAGGGUCUGUGUAUUUGUAAAUAUUCUCUUGAAACGUGAACUGGCAGUCAUUUUAAAGCCUAUUUCCUUGAAUAUGUGUACUUAUGCGCAUUCAAAAAUCAUUAUGUUAUCAAUUGAAGAUUUUCAUCAACUUGUAUUCAUUCCAAUUCAAGUUUAAGUGCCUUCCUGCUAAUUUCCGCAGAACUAUUUUUCAGCAUUCAGUUUGUUACAAAUUAUGAAUUGUGAUUUGUAUUCAAGAAAUCUGUAUUCAAAGUUGUGUGUCAAAAAAUGAUCAUUUGAUGUGAAUUAUAUUCUUUCAAUUUCAGC